GAUGGGCGGGGCGAAGGGCCCUGGUAUAUAGAAGGGCCCAGCCGCGCGGGGUCUCCAAUCUGCCAUUUUCUGUCCACGAAUAAGUCUCUGGCUUUCGAAAUUCUCUGUUUCUCCCACAGGCACUAUCCCGUCCGCUGGUCCACCACCUCAGGCGAACGAUGGCCGCAGAGUCCACAGCCACUGCCGCCAUCACCGCGGAGCUGGUUUCCGCCAAAAUUGAAGAAGAUGCCCCUGCUCCUUCUACCUCUACAGAUAAAGUGGAGAGUCUGGAUGUGGAUAGUGAAGCUAAGAAACUAUUGGGUUUAGGACAGAAACAUCUGGUGAUGGGGGAUAUUCCAGCAGCUGUCAAUGCUUUCCAGGAAGCAGCUAGUCUUUUAGGUAAGAAGUAUGGAGAGACAGCUAAUGAAUGUGGAGAAGCCUUCUUUUUCUAUGGGAAAUCGCUUCUGGAGUUGGCAAGAAUGGAGAAUGGUGUGUUGGGAAAUGCCCUGGAAGGUGUGCAUGUGGAAGAGGAGGAAGGAGAAAAAACAGAAGAAGAAACUCUGGUGGAAAAUAAUGAUAACAUAGAUGAGGAAGCAAGGGAAGAGUUGAGAGAACAGGUUUAUGACGCCAUGAGAGAAAAAGAAGCCAAAAAAACAGAAGACAAGUCUCUGGUAAAGCCUGAAACAGAUAAAGAACAGGAAACUGAUAUGGAGAAGGGUAGAAGAGAAGAUAUGGAUGUAAGUGAGCCUGCAGGGGAACUACAGGAAAAAGUUGAAUCAACUCCAGAUCAGUUAACUGAAACCACUAAAGAGGGAAAAGGAACGGCAGCACCAGAAGGACUGAAUGAAGCUGAAGUCACUUCUAAGAAGCCAGAACAGGAAACACCAGAUGCUGAGGAAGGAGAAUCAGUUUCUGGAACUGACGUCCAAGAAGAGUUCAGAGAAAAAGGAGGUCAGGGAGAAGUAAUUGCGAGCAUAGAGGAGAAACCAAAAGAAGCUUCAGAAGAGCAACCUGUUGUGACUCUAGAAGAGCAGGGCACUGCAGUGGAGGUAGAAGCAGUCAAGCCAGUGGAUGUGGGUGGGGAUGAGCCAAAGGAGCAGGUAGCUGUCUCUGCAAGUGAGCCAGGAAAGGCUGUUCUUGAGCAGUUGGUAGGGCAAGAAUUGUCUCCUGCUGACGAGUCACCAGAGGUGACAGCACAGGCUUCAGAGGCCUCGGCUGCAGAAGCUGGAUCAGAAGUCUCCGAGAAGCCUGGGCAGGAGGAGCCAGUUCUCCCUAAGGAUGGUGCAGUCAAUGGACUGUCAGCUGCAGGGGAUCACACUCCCAAUGAACUGAAGACUAAUGCAGAAGGACGGACAGAAACAGAAGAUGGCUCAGGACUAGAGGAGAAGGUCAGGGCAGAGUUGGUUCCUAGCCAGGAGGAGACUAAGCUGUCUAUAGAAGAGUCUGAGGCAGCUGGAGAUGGGGUUGAGACUAAGGUAGCCCAGGGGGCUACUGAGAAAUCCCCUGAAGACAAAGUUAAGAUAGCUGCUAAUGAAGAAACACAAGACAAAGAAGAACAGAUGAAAGAGGGUGAAGAAACCGAGGGCUCAGAAGAGGAGGAUAAAGAAAAUGACAAGGCUGAAGAAACACCAAAUGAUUCACUUCUUGAAAACAAGUCUCUUCAAGAAAAUGAAGAAGAGGAGAUUGGGAACCUAGAGCUUGCCUGGGAUAUGCUGGAUUUAGCAAAGAUCAUUUUUAAAAGGCAAGACACGAAAGAAGCUCAGCUUUAUGCUGCACAGGCACAUCUUAAACUUGGAGAAGUUAGUGUUGAAUCUGAGAAUUACAUCCAAGCUGUGGAGGAGUUCCAGGCUUGCCUAAACCUGCAGGAGCAGUACCUGGAAGCCCAUGAUCGACUCCUUGCAGAGACCCACUACCAGCUGGGCUUGGCCUAUGGGUACAACUCUCAGUAUGAUGAAGCAGUGGCACAGUUCAGCAAAUCUAUUGAAGUCAUUGAGAAGAGAAUGGCUGUACUUAAUGAGCAUAUGAAGGAGGCCGAAGGAUCACCUACUGAAUAUGAGAAAGAAAUUGAGGAGCUGAAGGAGCUGCUACCUGAAAUUAGAGAGAAGAUAGAAGAUGCAAAGGAGUCCCAGCAUAGUGGGAAUGUAGCUGAAUUGGCUCUGAAAGCAACUCUGGUGGAGAGCUCUACUUCAGGUUUCACUCCUAGUGGAGGAGGCUCUUCAGUCUCCAUGAUCACCUGUAGAAAGUCAACAGAUGGUGCUUCCUCAUCAAAUUGUGUGACUGAUAUUUCUCACCUUGUCAGAAAGAAGAGAAAACCGGAGGAAGAGAGCCCCCGGAAAGAUGAUGCAAAGAAAGCCAAACAAGAGCCGGAGGUGAAUGGAGGCAGUGGGGAUGCUGUCUCCAGUGGAACUGAAGUUUCGGAAAACAUGGAGGAGGAGGCUGAGAAUCAGGCUGAAUGCCGGGCAGCAGUGGAGGGGACAGUGGAGGCUGGAGCUACAGUUGAAAGCACUGCAUGUUAAGAGAGGGAGCAGAGCCUUCCUCCCAAUGGAAGGUGUUUUUGUAUAUAAUGUAUUUUUUCACUUUUGGGGGAUUCUUUUUGUAUAACUUCAAUAAAGAUUGUAAGCAAAGGUUGAGGCUUUGAUGAUUUUUUUUUUUUUUUCCUUAAAUAUUGGCUAAAUGUGUGCCUUGGAGCACUCCGGGUUUUAUAUGGUGGCCAAAGGUUUUUGUGGGGUUUUUUUCCCUCCUCUUUACUGAUCUCUGUGUUGGAAGUUCUAAUCCAGAUUCCUGUCUGUCUGAUGUGGAGGUGAUGAAAUCAAGUGUGGCUGUAGGCCCUUAUCUUCCAAUGGUGCUAUAUUUUUUCCAUCAUAAACACUCUGAACCCAGCUGUCUUGUGAACUUUGAAUGGUGUUCUCCCUGGACAGGGGCUAUAAAAAACAAGACUUGGUGAAGAUCUUGCUCUUUGGUGCUGAUACUGUUUGAUGGACUUUGACUGUGAACUGAUAACAGCUUCUAAGCCAGGCCUUAGGUGGCACCUGUGUUAUCCACCUCAUCUCCAACUGGGGCCAUAAUCCUGUCCUGGAAAAAAGAACUGAAGAAAACUUGGGGCUGGGGAGCGGGGAGUGAUCCUUGAGGAAACUGGUGUGCUAAUUGUAGAAAAUUGAGCUUUCUGGUUUGAAAGUGACUAAGGGACUGACUGACUGACUGAUGGACACUCUGGAUGUGGUUGGAAGAAGGAAUCUGGGGGGAGAGCUGGCUGGUUGAGUUACAUUUGUUAUAACAGAAAAUAUCAACAGUUGGAAUUGUUACCUGUCCACAGUUUUGACUUCUUAAAUAAAGAUGCUAAAAAGCUCUUGGUCU